AUUUUAUUGCUGUAGUGUACAUUAUAGCAAACAAAAUUAGUGUACAAAUGUUAAACGAAUACGAAUCAUAAAAAAACUGCUUUGUCAUUCACUAUAUAAAGUAAAAAUUGUGGCAACGGUUGAUUAUAUGGUUUAUCGAUCGCACAUUUUCUUGUUUUUACCAAUUUUGCUAUUGAUUUGUUCUUUCAUAUUAUCUUUAUUCAGAAUGGCUUGGGAAUGUAGUGCUUCCUCAAAUGCAGCUCUUGUUCGAAAUUUAAACCUCGCAGGGAUUAUCUCAAAGCCGAGGGUCAUUGAAGCGAUGAAGCAUACUGAUCGCAAAUUUUAUUGCCCUCACUUUUCUUAUGCGGACUCGCCCCAAAGCAUUGGGUAUAGCGCUACCAUAUCAGCUCCCCAUAUGCACGGUACUGCUUUAGAGCAGUUGGAGUCGAAGCUUCAGCCGGGUGCCAGAGUUUUAGAUGUUGGAUCGGGAAGUGGUUAUUUAGUGGCUGCCAUGGCUCGUAUGGUUGGGAAAGCAGGUUACGUUAAAGGCGUCGAGCAUAUACAAGGACUCGUCGAUCUUUCCAAAAAGAAUUUACAAGAAGAUGCGAAGCAUGACCCGUUGAUUGAAGACAUGUUGAAGCAAAAGAGAAUUGAGAUUGUCCGUGGGGAUGGUAGGCUAGGUUCACCUCAGGAUGAACAAUUCGAUGCAAUUCACGUAGGUGCAGCGGCUCCGGAUCUGCCAAAACGGUUAACCGAACAACUGAAACCCCAUGGGAAAAUGAUUAUUCCAGUGGGUACAACAUUUCAAGAUAUUUUUGUUUAUGAUAAAGAUGCUCAUGGAAACCUUUCGAAAAAGUUUUUGUUUUCAGUGCGUUAUGUACCUUUGACUGAUCCUCCUAGUGAUUAUGAAGACAUGUAAAAGCCUUGCGGUGUACCUGUUAUAAAGUUCCUUAUGACCUAUGGUGAAACUUUGAUGAUAUGAAAUGGCGUUGAAUAUAGGAUAGUUUUUAUGAUUGUUUGUCUAUGAUAUUGAAAAAUUAUGAAAUUUAGUUCUUAAUGUUGAUAAUUAUUUACGGUUGUGAUUGUCGCCUGCAAUGUACUUGCUUGAA